GGCGGAAGUGAAAGGUGAAGGCAGGGGAGUACUAGAUAGUUAGCUGACUGGCUAGCUGGUAGGCAGGCAAGCCUUCAGGCAAGUGCCAAAUUUAAACACUAGUUGUAGAUAAAUUACCUCGUCCAUUUACGACACGGUUUUUGUUGGUGUCUACGCCAGAAAGUUUUCUAAGAAUCUUUAAAGGGACAUUGCCAAAUCAACGCUAGCUAACGUAACGCCUAGUUAGCCAGUGACGCUAGCUGCCCUGCACAACAACAGCUCGUUAUCUCGCAGCCGGCUCCGAUACGGUCAGCAAGUCUCCUCUGGCGUGUGUUACGAGCUGAAACUGUGGCAAAAUGACAUCCAGGAAGAAAGUGCUCCUGAAAGUCAUCAUCCUGGGAGAUUCAGGUGUUGGAAAGACCUCCUUAAUGAACCAGUAUGUGAACAAGAAGUUUAGUAACCAGUACAAAGCUACAAUAGGAGCAGACUUUCUGACAAAGGAGGUGAUGGUGGACGACCGGCUCGUUACAAUGCAGAUCUGGGACACAGCUGGCCAGGAGAGGUUCCAGUCUCUGGGUGUUGCGUUCUACCGUGGAGCAGACUGCUGUGUGCUGGUCUUUGAUGUGACUGCGCCCAAUACCUUCAAAACACUCGACAGCUGGAGGGAUGAGUUUCUGAUCCAGGCCAGCCCUCGAGAUCCUGAGAACUUCCCGUUUGUGGUGCUAGGCAACAAGAUUGACUUGGAGAACAGACAGGUGACCACCAAAAGGGCUCAGGCCUGGUGUCAAAGUAAGAACAACAUCCCGUACUUUGAGACCAGUGCGAAAGAAGCUAUAAAUGUAGAACAGGCAUUCCAGACAAUUGCACGUAAUGCACUCAAACAGGAGACCGAGGUGGAGUUGUAUAAUGACUUCCCAGGGCCCAUAAAGCUGGGAGGGAAUGACGGACCUAAACCCUCAACAGAAAGCUGCAGCUGCUAAGGGAAAACUUGGACCAUCUUCUCUCUUGGCUUUUCGGAAACACCUAUCACUGGUUACAUCACCUCCACCUCGCUCCCAGGGAAGGGAAUUCUCUACUGGUCUUCCUCCUCCAUGCCAUUGUUCAUUCCACCACCAUGACCUUUCACACAGUGCGCUGCACAUGGAUGUACCCCCCUCACACUUAAUACACAAAUUAAUACACUAGUAUUUUCUUGUAAAAAGUCCAGUGCCCAAAGAUCACAUGAGAGAAAAAUGAGCCCCAAACCUCACAGUCCCUGAAUUGACUGUGAGCGAUAUCCUGCCCUCCCCACCCAUUUCUGCGGGUGUGGCCCCUGACACUCACGCUCAGGGGACAAGAUGGAGCCAUGUUCAGAGUACAAUUGGGAACUCUAGAUGUUCUUGCUGAUGUUCUCUAAUGUGAGGCGAUGUUGGCUAAUGUCAGCAUCCCUAGUUUCAUAUUCUGAUUUAUAUUUUGCUUUCUUUUUGCCUGUCUGUCAAUAAAUAAUCUAGCUGAACUAUAUAUACAGUUGUAUUAAUUGGCUAAUGCUGUUUUUUGAAGCCAAUCUGAAACACACUUUCUUUUUUUGUGCACUUUCUUUUUAUGUUUUUGCCUUUUUAAAUGUUAUACAGGGAUGACUGAUUUUUGGGCAACAUCUGCUACAACAUGCCUUUCAGAUUAGAAUUCCUCUCUUUUCUUUUUGAUAUCUCCUGAGAAUUUGUCUAACACUCUGAUGAUUGUCUUUGCCUUUUCCCUUCAAGAUUGUGUGUUUAAAGGGUUUAUAACUGCCUCACACUGCAGAAGAAAUGUUACUAAGUAGACUAAAAGUAAAAGCUGGUAAGGCAGUCAGUGUAAAACAUGGGUUAAUUAUCCCUGAUAUAUUAAUAUUUGCCUUUUGUGUAACAUUACUUGUACUGCUACUAUUACUGCUGUAUAUGUUCUGUCCUUUCAUCAGACAUCUUUUCAGUGCUGUGGAAUUACAAUAUGCAUCACCAACACAGCGAACACCUGUCUUCUGUCAUGUCUUUGUUAUUGCUGUUCUUUCUGCUUGUAGCUCAGGUUGGCUAAGUACUUAAUAUUUUUAAUGGAUUGUGUAUUACAGUAUAUAGAUGGUAAAGGUAUAAUGGACUGAAAUCACAUGGAUGUCCUCUGUUUCCAUUUAAAGAAAAUAUCCAAUUAUUUGUCCAGUUAUUACUUCCCAUCUUUACAGAACGAAAUUACUGCAAUGCAAACAAUGCUGUCAAAGAUAAUUCGGACAUCAAAUAAAACUCUUGAAUAUA